AUGUCAGGCGGUCUCCUACUCUACGGCGUCGGUGCAGCUAAUUCGAUACCUUGGAUCGGUCCUGUUGUCGGCAUGGGACUCGUUGGUUUUGGGUUGAUUGUUGCAGCUGCGCUUACGAUGGCCUAUGUUGUUGACUGCUACAAGGAGGUUGAUGGUGAAGCUAUCACGGCUGUUAUCUUGAUCAGGAACAUCAUUGGCUGUGCUAUGACAUUUGGUAUUCAACCUUGGAUUGACAGCAUGGGUGUGCAGGGUACUUUUAUCCUAGUCUGUUUCCUGUCAUUCGUUAUCACUGUAUUCGCGGGUUCAUUUAUCAUUUGGGGGAAGAAGUUUCGCCGUCUUACCAAGAUGGCAUAUCUGAGCUUCGUGGGAACUUCUUCUGGGGAAAACUAA